CCUUCAGUCGGCUGGCGGCCGCGGGAGGGCGAGGAGAGAAAGUGCUUCUCUGCGCCUGCGCAGCGCUCGCCCCUCGCCUGGAGCAGCCUGAGGAGGAGGAGGAGGCGGCGGCGGUCAUCGCGUGAGGGGACCCGGGCUCGGCCACCCACCGCCGCCUCGGUCGAAGCGCGGCCUUGCGGGCGGAGCGCCGUCGGAGCGAGGGAGGGAGAGCCGAGCGAACGAGCGCGCGCGCGCGGCGGCCGGGCCAGGCCGGUCUGAGGCGAGGCGAGGCUCCCUCCUCCCUCAACAUGUCGGCGCCGGCGGCCAAAGUCACCAAGAAGGAGCUCAACUCCAACCACGACGGGGCCGACGAGAUCUCCGACAAAGAGCAGCAGGAAGCAAUUGAACAUAUUGAUGAAGUACAGAAUGAAAUAGACAGACUGAACGAACAAGCCAGUGAGGAAAUUUUGAAAGUAGAACAGAAAUACAACAAACUCCGCCAACCAUUUUUCCAGAAGAGGUCAGAAUUGAUCGCCAAAAUCCCCAACUUUUGGGUAACAACAUUUGUCAAUCACCCACAAGUAUCUGCACUGCUGGGAGAGGAAGAUGAAGAAGCCUUGCAUUAUUUGAUCAGAGUGGAGGUGACGGAGUUUGAGGACAUCAAAUCAGGUUACAGAAUAGAUUUUUAUUUUGAUGAGAAUCCCUAUUUUGAAAACAAGAUGCUCUCCAAAGAGUUUCAUCUGAACGAAAGUGGAGACCCCUCAUCCAAGUCCAGUGAAAUCAAAUGGAAAUCUGGGAAGGACCUGACAAAGCGCUCAGGCCAGACGCAGAACAAGGCCAGCAGAAAGAGGCAGCAUGAAGAACCAGAGAGUUUCUUCACCUGGUUUACCGACCACUCCGAUGCAGGGGCCGAUGAACUAGGGGAGGUCAUCAAGGACGACAUCUGGCCAAACCCACUGCAGUACUAUCUGGUGCCCGAUAUGGACGAUGAAGAAGGUGAGGGAGAAGAGGAUGACGACGAUGACGAAGAGGAGGAAGGCUUGGAGGACAUCGAUGAGGAAGGUGAUGAAGAUGAGGGUGAGGAAGAUGAAGAUGAUGAUGAGGGAGAAGAAGGAGAGGAGGAUGAAGGAGAAGAUGACUGAACACUGACAGAUUCCAACCACAAGUCCAUCCUUCCUUUUCCCCACUCCACCAUCCCUGGGAGCAAAUUGCUGUCUUAUUCCUUCCCCCACUCCCCCUUUCCCUCUCCCUCCCCUUUCCCUCUUGUGCUCAGUCGCAUAGUUCUCCCAAGGUCUUUUUCUUUCUUCUCCUCUUCACCAUGGUUCACAAAUAAUUUUUGGAGAAAAAAAAAUAUCUUGAGCAGAAUACAGUGGAAGAGAAUCUCGACCCAUUUCAAUUUUUUUAAUCCCUGUUUUUUGAAACGAAACGAAACGAAAAAACAAAAAAACUGUCAGUGGCAUCAGCACACUGUGUUCUGUGGGGAAGAAUGAGAACCGUCUGCUCCUGGCUGGAGGCUGCGGAGUGCUAGGCCCCCUGUGUGGUAGUGCAUAGAAUCUAGCUUUUUCCUUCUUUCUCUGUAUAUUGGGUUCAGAGAUUACACUGUGUCUCUAUGUGAAUAUGGACAGUUAGCAUUUACCAACAUGUAUCUGUCUUAUUUCUCUUGUUUAAAAAAAAAUGAAAAAGCUAAAAAAAAUGGGGGGUGGGGUUAUAGACAGGGUAAGCAAGGGGUGGGUUUCAGAUGUUGGGGUGGGUUAAAUGGGCAUUUUGACAAAACAUGGCUUCUUCUCCUUUUGGCAUGUUUAAUCGUGAUGUUUAACAAACAUCUUUGCAGUUUAAGAUGACACUUUAAAACAAAAAAUUAUAAAUUCUCUCCUAAUGAUUACAGUUCAGCCUCUUCCACUUGACGGAGAAUCAGCCAAACCCCCCGUAGGAUCUUAUUUGGAAUUUACACUCUCUACUGUAAUUUUGUUCCUUGCUUUGGUUUUUUUUUUCCAACUAUUUUUUUUUUGUUUCACUGGAAAAAAAAAAAGAAAAGAUGCUCAGUUUUAAACGUUAAAAAGUGUACAAGUUGCUUUGUUACAAUAAAACUUAAAUGUGUACACCAGGGGGCUGAUAGUCUUCACUAAACAAAGCCCGCUUUGGGCCCAUCCUGAUGAGUUGGGUGUUUCAGCAUGCUACUAGAGCAAAAUACAUGACACUUCAAACCAAAAUGUUGCUUGUGCAAACAGCUGCAACCCCUUCCCCCUCCUAUCAAUCUGGCUCCUCACUCAGAAUUUGUUCAGGGCUGGUGGGGUCCAGGUUCAGGCUAAAACUGUCAUUCCUUGCCCCUUUUCCCACGUCUGAAUUGUGACUGGCUGUUUCUCUGGGGUGGAAAAACCGUGCAGUCCCUGUAUAAAUUGACAACCAAACUAAACAAAGCUGAACUGGCUGGUUUUCUAAACAUGACUUCUGGGGAGAUGAAAGAUGCUUUUGAGGUAUCCUAGAGUGAUGCUUUUAAAUUUUAAUUCAAUGUAGGAACAAUUAUGUAACUUCAUCUGUUGAUAUCAAUAAAGAUCAUCGCUGGAUUGGU